AUGGCUGCCGAGAUAGCACAUCCCGGUCCCGGCCUUCACGCGCUGUCGACCCGCACCUCUGUCGAUGCCGCGCCGACGACGAAUCCCGAUACCCCGCAGAAGAGUGUCGAGGACCUCACUGCCUCGAACAACAGCAUCCCUGACAUGGAAAGGGCUCAGGAGAAGGAGGGCGAUGCGCCGGUCGUGGACGAGUUCCUGGUCGAGUUCAAUGGACAAGACGAUCCGGACCACCCCAAGAACUGGACCACGCGUAGGAGAUGGGGGAUUACCGUGGUUGUUGGACUUCUGGUUUUCACCGUGACCUUUGCCAGCUCCAUCUUUUCGGUCAAUAUCGGCGUCGUGGAGGAGAAGUUCCAGGUUACACAGGUGGUCGCUACGUUGGGUGUUGCGCUCUUCGUGCUGGGCUUUGUAUUCGGUCCCAUCGCAUUCGGUCCAAUGUCUGAGGUCCUUGGACGUCGUACUCCCCUACUCUGCGGCUACGCCCUGUUCGCCAUAUUCCAGAUUCCCGUCGCUGUUGCGCAAAACAUAACAACCGUAUGUGUGGGCCGAUUCCUCGGAGGGUUCUUCGCCGCCGCGCCGCUUUCAGUGGUGGGCGGCAUCUUAGCUGAUCUCUGGGAUCCCAUCCCUCGAUCGUAUGCUAUCUGUAUCUUCGCAGCUGGAGGAUUUGCUGGCCCAGUAGCAGGCCCUAUCGCUGGUGGCUUCAUUACACAGUCAUACUUGGGCUGGAGAUGGACAUCCUGGAUCACGUUGAUCAUGGCUGGCGUCGUUGGCGCUCUUGCGUUCUUCUUUGCGCCGGAGACAUCGGCGCCUAGGAUUCUCCAAUAUCGUGCUGCGGCUUUGCGCAAGAAGUCGGGCAACAACGACUAUCACGCGAAGGCAGAUGACGAGAAGCUCACAAUGGAGAGGGUUCUGACGGUUUAUCUGAUUAGACCGUUCGUCAUGAUCAUGCAGGAGCCGAUUUUGGCUCUCGUAACGGCCUACAUGUCCUUCUUGUAUGGCAUCGUGUACCUACUCUUCGAAGCCUACCCAGUAGCCUACCACGAACAACGCGGCUGGUCCCUCGGUGUGUCCCAACUUCCUUUCACGGCCUUUAUCGUCGGAAUCAUCUUAGGCGCCGGCGUGAUAGCCUACAGCACCGCCACGAACUUCACCCGCGCGUUCAACAAGCACGGCAAAUCGAUUCCAGAAGAGCGUCUUCCGCCCAUGAUUGUGGGCGCCAUCUGCCUGCCCGUCGGGCUCUUCUGGUUUGGAUGCAUGUCGUACCUCAUCGACUGCUACGGCUUCUACGCCAACUCCGCCAUCGCCGUCAACACCUUCAUUCGCAGCUUCUUCGGCGCCUUCUUCCCGCUUUUCACGCACGUUAUGUACACGAAGUUAGGUGUGGCGUGGGCGAGUAGUCUGCUGGCGUUCAUCUGUGUGGCUUUCUUGCCGGUGCCCGUAUUGUUCUAUGCGUACGGCGCGAAAAUCAGGGAGAAGAGUAAAUGGGCCCCAACAGGGAAGUAG